UAUUUAUUUUAUAUCUUUAGGAAUAUCUUCUCUUUAUAAUAUAUUGAUUUAAUUUUUAAUAAUUCCUUAAUGUAUAAAAUUUUUAAUAGAACUAGGUUAUUCAUUAGCAAUUCUAAAAACAAGCACAAGAACAUUUACAAAUAAAUUCUAACAAUAUUAUUAUUCAACGAUUCCCAUUAUUUAUUAAACAAUAUCUUUCUAAAUAAUCUUUCGAGCGUUCUAUUAAUUAAAUCUUUCACUACUUUGUGCAUUUUUGAAUAUAUUACAUAUAAUAUUUAAUUAGUCUGCUAAAAAAUUUAAAAAAUCAACUUUUUAUACAUUUACCCAAACUCCUUAUUUUUAUUCAUAUUUUAAUUCUUUUUAGAAAAAUACUUCCCAAUUCUUCAUCCAGUAUUCUAAUUAAGGAAUAAUCUCUUUUUCUACUAUAUUUUAAGUUCUAUUUAAUUCACUAUCUUUAAUAAAGUUCAACAUAAUAAUACUUGCUCUAUAAAUAAUUUAAAAAUUAUAAUUUAGUUUAUUAAUCUGAGUACCCUCUUUUAUUCCUUCAUUAAAUAUCUUUUAUAUAUAUUCAAAUAUUUCACUAUUAUUCCUAAAUUCGACUACAAUGUUUAAAUACUUUAAUUAAAAUUGCAUAUCAUUUGCUGUUGAAAAAGGUAUUAUAUUUUUUCCUUUUUCCUUAUUUACAAAUAUUUUUUCAUCCCCUUCCCAUUUAAUUGAAGCUAUAUCUUCCAAAAUACACUUGAAAAGAUUAAAAUUUUUCUUCUUAUUUUUUUACUUUGUCUUAUUUUUUUUGGUUUAAAAAUAAAAUAAAAAUUAAAAAAUUUACUUAAAAUUUUAAAAGCAUUUAUAAAAAGAUGAACAAAAUAAUUUUUUUAUUUAUAAUCAUCUUUAUAUUUCAAAAGCAUUAAUUUUAUUUUAAUUUCAUUAAAACUAUAUAAAUUAUUCUCAUAAUCUAUAUUAAAUUUUUAAAAUAAUUCUUAACAACUCAAAAAAAUAGGUUUUUCAUUAUCAAGCAAUUAAUUUAAAUAUUCGACUUUAAUUUCAAUUUUUUUUUAAUUUUAUAAUAAUUAUAAAUCUUCAUCCUUAAUAUUUUUAUUUUUUUCGCUUUAAUUUUCAUUUUUAAUCCAAAAUCUAACUUCAUUAUUUAAGUCUUUAAAAAUAUUAAAACUCUCUUUUUAUUUUUUUUAAAUUUCUUCCAUAUUUUAAUCAUUAAAAGGGGCAGAAAGUAAAGAUUUUUCAUUUUUUUCAUUAUUCCUUUCUUCUAUUUUCUUAAAGGAUUCAUCUUUGUAGAACAUAUUACAUAAUUUUUGAUGUUCUAAUUCUUCUCCAUUUAUAUGAAAAAUUACUAUUUUUGUAAAUUCUAAAAUCUUUUCUUUUGAAUUUUUUGGAUAUUAUUCUUUAUUUAACUCUUCGUCAUAUCUUAGUAAAUGUUAACAUAUCCUCAAACAUAAUUAUAAUUAUUGAAAACACUCCGAAAUUUCCAUUAUGAAUAAUAUAUGAUCUAACGAAUGAAAUAUUUUUAUAUAAUUUACAUUCAGAGAUACUUUUUCCAAAAACUUUAAUAUUUUUAAAUUUUUAUAAGGAUUUUUUAUCCUUUUUUCUACAAAAUAGUUAUUUUCGCUCAUUAUUUUGUCACAUCUAUUUAAUGUUUCUGCUAUUAUUUUAAUGUUUUAGCAAUUAUUUACCUUUUCAUUUUCUUUUAUUUCGUUUAAUUUUUUAAUGAACUCAUCAUCGCUUUUUAAAUCUAAAACU